GGGCUCAGAGUGGCAGUGUCCCUCAGUUCAAGAAAGUUGUUUUCCAGGAAUUUACUGAUGGCUCCUUUACUCAGCCCUUAUACCGUGGAGAACUAAAUGAACAUUUGGGACUCCUGGGGCCAUAUAUAAGAGCAGAAGUUGAAGAUAAUAUCAUGGUAACUUUCAAAAAUCAGGCCUCUCGUCCCUAUUCCUUCUAUUCUAGCCUUAUUUCUUAUGAGGAAGAUCAGAGGCAAGGAGCAGAACCUAGAAAGAAUUUUGUCAAGCCUAAUGAAACUAAAACUUACUUUUGGAAAGUGCAACAUCAUAUGGCGCCCACUAAAGAUGAGUUUGACUGCAAAGCCUGGGCUUAUUUCUCUGAUGUUGACCUGGAAAAAGAUGUGCACUCAGGCCUGAUUGGACCCCUUCUGGUCUGCCACACUAACACACUGAACCCUGCUCAUGGGAGACAAGUGACAGUACAGGAAUUUGCUCUGUUUUUCACUAUCUUUGAUGAGACCAAAAGCUGGUACUUCACUGAAAACACGGAAAGAAACUGCAGGGCUCCCUGCAAUAUCCAGAUGGAAGAUCCCACUUUUAAAGAGAAUUAUCGCUUCCAUGCAAUCAAUGGCUACAUAAUGGAUACACUACCUGGCUUAGUAAUGGCUCAGGAUCAAAGGAUUCGAUGGUAUCUGCUCAGCAUGGGCAGCAAUGAAAACAUCCAUUCUAUUCAUUUCAGUGGACAUGUGUUCACUGUACGAAAAAAAGAGGAGUAUAAAAUGGCAGUGUACAAUCUCUAUCCAGGUGUUUUUGAGACAGUUGAAAUGUUACCAUCCAAAGCUGGAAUUUGGCGGGUGGAAUGCCUUAUUGGCGAGCACCUACAUGCUGGGAUGAGCACACUUUUUCUGGUGUACAGCAACAAGUGUCAGACUCCCCUGGGAAUGGCUUCUGGACGCAUUAGAGAUUUUCAGAUUACAGCUUCAGGACAAUAUGGUAAAUACUAUUAUUUUUGCUCCAAGAACCUGGGCUGAUUAUAUCUUUUUUAAUAAUCUGUUGGAGAAUCUCAGAUAAUGAAUCCAUCUCCAUGCUUCUAUUUGUUCUAUUCCAUAAUUGCCUCUCAAAUACAUCUCCUCCUCUCCACUUCCCACUGUGGCCAUCUUAACUCUGGUCACUAUCAUUUCUUACCUGGGCAAUGACACUGCCUCCUUAAAUAUCCUCCCUACCUUCACUAUUCCUUCCUUGAGUCAAUUCUUUUCACUGUAGCAGGAAGCUACACUUUCCUGUGAGCAGUAAUGGUAACGUUUGACUAGGGUCUAUAGAGAAUUAUCAAAAAUUGUUUUAGAGCACUACUGCCCACAGGCAAAAUGCAGCACACUGCCUGUUUUUGUAUGGCAUGUGAGCUAUGAACAGAUUUUCCAUUUUUAAAUAAUUGACAAAAAGAUGAAGAUUAUUUCAUGACAUGAAAUUAUAAA